GCCCGGCGCGAGCGUGCGGGGUUCCGCUGCCCGGACUUUAGCCGCUGUGGGUGUGACUUCGCGCGUAGGCGUUCGGCUUUGAAAUGCAGCGGGAUUUAGUGAGUUUCCCCUUUUCUCCAGCGGUGCGGGUGAAGCUGGUGUCUGCAGGUUUCCAGACUGCUGAGGAACUCCUAGAGGUGAAACCCUCUGAGCUCAGCAAAGAAGUUGGUAUAUCUAAAGAGGAAGCCUUAGAAACUCUGCAAAUUAUAAGAAGAGAAUGUCUCACAAAUAAACCAAGACAUGCUGGUACAGCUGAGUCAGGCAAGAAGUGUACAGCACUGGAACUUCUUGAGCAGGAGCAUAACCAGAGCUUCAUAAUUACCUUCUGUUCAGCACUAGAUAAUAUUCUUGGGGGUGGAAUACCCUUAACCAAAACAACAGAAAUUUGUGGAGCACCAGGUGUUGGAAAAACACAAUUAUGUAUGCAGUUGGCAAUAGAUGUGCAGAUACCAGAAUGUUUUGGAGGAGUGGAAGGUGAAGCAGUGUUUAUUGAUACAGAGGGAAGUUUUAUGGUUGAUAGAGUGGUAGACCUUGCUACUGCCUGCAUUCAGCACCUUCAUCUUAUAGCAGGAACACAUAUGGGAGAGGAGCACCCAAAAGCUUUGGAGGAUUUCACUCUUGAAAAUAUUCUUUCCCAUAUUUAUUAUUUUCGUUGUCGUGACUACACAGAGCUACUGGCACAAGUUUAUCUUCUUCCAGACUUCCUUUCAGAACACUCAAAGGUUCGAUUAGUGAUAGUGGAUGGUAUUGCUUCUCCUUUUCGUCAUGACCUAGAUGACCUAUCCCUUCGUACUCGAUUACUAAAUGGCCUAGCCCAGCAAAUGAUCAGUCUUGCAAAUAAUCACAGAUUAGCUAGAGGCCACAGUGGUAAAGAACACAGACUCAAUCUUUCUAAAGUUCUGAUUUCUCCUGUGUUAAUCUGGAAUAAUAAUAAUAAUGCCUCAUUCAUGGAGUACUUAUGGAGAGGAGAUAAGAUAAUGAAGGUAAUUUUAACCAAUCAGAUGACAACAAAGAUUGAUAGAAAUCAGGCCUUGCUGGUACCCGCAUUGGGGGAAAGUUGGGGACAUGCUGCUACAAUACGAUUAAUCUUUCACUGGGACCAAAAGCAAAGCAGGUUGGCAACAUUGUACAAAUCACCAAGCCAGAAGGAAUCUACAGUACUGUUUCAAAUCACACGUCAGGGAUUUAGAGAUGCUGUUGUUGCUACUCCAUGUUCACUGAAAACAGAAGGUUCAUUGAACUCCCGGAAACGGUCACGAGAAUCAGAGGAAGAACAGGAAUCCAAAGACUAGUCUCAAAGUAUACAUUAUGUAUUUAUGCUGUGAGAUGCAAUGUAUACGAGUAGUAGACUCAUUACUUUAAAAUAAAAACACACAUUAUGAAUCAGGAAUAUAUAAAGUGAAACAUAUACAUACUUAAUACCAUUCUCUGAAAGAGUUUUUUUAACGCAGUGUUCUACAAUUUUAAUUUGCCCUGUUUUUAUUUUUAGUAACAUUUAGUAGAGAUGAUAUAAGUAUUGUAUUUGUAAAUGUGGAAAGCUGAUCUCAUGUGGUCAAUCUGAAUUUACCAGUCAGACUUUUUUCUUUCUUUCUUUGUUCAUUGCUUAUAAAAUCUUGAGAAGUAUUUUUCCCCCCACAUUCCUUUUGUGUUAUCCUCCUUAAGUGUAGCUUUGAUAAUUCUUAAAAUGACUCAUUUUAUUAAUAUAAAGCAAAGCCAGCACCCUGAGUCAGCAUAGUUUCAUGGGUAGGUUAUGAAUUUUAGAUGACUAAUCUGAUUUUAAUAACCUCAAUCCUAUACAUUUCUUUAUUUUUUAAUGUUAGAGGAAGGAAUUUGGAACUGUUAUCCCAUUUAGAAAUUGUGUGAAACAUAUCUUCCAGAAUAGUCAAGUCGAUAAGCUCACAGUUAUUUAUUUCUACAUUUUUGAAACAUGGUAUGAUCCAUUCUAGAAUUCUAGAUGUAUUGACAUUUUCCUUUGAAUAUGAACAAAUUAACACUAUUUGAACAAAUUAAAAUUUGGAUUGAGUGAUUUCAAAAUCAUCUAAUAAUGUUUUGGUACCUGAUUCUUCUUAGUACUUCUCAAUUCAUUCACAAAAUUUACUUUGGUUCCCAGUGGAAGAAAAUUAUUUAAAUGAUUGAUUAUUAUAUAGUAUGACAACCAUAUUUUAAAGAUUUUAUUUGGAUUUCCUGUUCCAGACUGAACACUAAAUUUAUAAAACUUAAAAAAAUAAUAAGUUUGUAAUUGCUUAUACAUAGAAUAACCAUAGUUUGCUAGGACUUUUUGAGAGUGAAAGUGGGUACUACUAACAGUUACACCAGAACAGUGGGCAUAAACCAGGAUUCUCCCAAGCAAAUUAGGCAUACGGUCAUCCUAAUUAUAUUAUGCUAAUUUUAAAUGACUACUAUAGAACAACUGAUUGUAACCAUCUUAUUUUUGAGGGCUUUAAGGCAUAUGUUUUUAGAAUAAUGCAGUUAUAAAAAAUUACACAUCAUUUUAUAGUCUAUCUGCUCAAAUCAUAAAAUUGACAGUGAGGGGUUUGUAAAUGAUAAAUAUCAGUGUGAUCAGGUAUCAGAUACAGUAGGAUCUCAUAAAGCAUUAUAACACUACUUCAAAGAACUAUAGGACUCUGAAUAUAGACAAAGCCUAUUGUAUUUCUGUUUUCAAGUCUUCUAAAAUAAAAUUUGCAUAUGAUAGCUUUUCAAAGUCA